AUGGAUAGUGAUAGUCCACCAUCGCGGAAGCGACCGCGCCCAAGGCCGGUCGUCUCUUGUUUGCGAUGUCGGGAUAAGAAGCUGAAAUGCGACCGGGCUACCCCUUGUCAGAAUUGCAUCAAGGCAGUCUGCAUCGCGGAAUGCACAUACAGCCAGCAUCCCGCGCCAAAUUCAUCUAAUUCUCCCGAUCCCUCAAAUGCCUCACUUCCAAAGCCGAAACCGAAGUUGAAGAGAGUCCACCUCGACAUCUCCGAGGAAUCCGACCAGCGGGUCCAGCUGGACCCUCCUCGGAACAUCGGCAUCAUCGAAGAUCUACAGCGUCGCGUGCUUCAUCUCGAGGAGCUUGCCUCUGUUCGACCAAAUUCGACCGACUUUGGUCCUCUAACAAAUGCCAGCAUUGAAUGUUCCUGGCCUCAGGAGAAGCCCCCUCUUUCUACUCCUUUCCAAGGCACAUUGGUGAUCAAAGGAUCUCGUUCCCGCUACCAUGGCCAGAAUAACAGGAUUACCCUUCUUAACCAAUUCCCGGACGCGAAAGCGUUUAUCAAUCAGUGUGGUACAGACUCGAGCCUCGUUGGAUUAGCUAAAGAAGUCCAGUUUCUCCAGAGCAAGUGUCACAUACCAACGGCCUCCCCCGAAUCUCUGUCAGAGUUGGAGUCCUUCCCAGAGUUACAGUGCCUCCUAGAUUCUCUUCCACCCAAACCUCUCUGUGAUCACCUGGUGGAUGUGUAUACAAAGAGCUUCGAAAAGGCCUUGAGAAUUGUUCAUGUUCCCUCUUUCUUGCGGCAUUACGCAAAACUUUGGAAUGAGACACCAGACUCGGAGGCUUCGGUGGCGAAAGAUUUUGUUCCUCUCCUCAUGGCCGUAUUGACCGUCACUGCUGCUGUAUUGGGCACGCCUCCCUCAGCUGGUAAUACAUCGUCAUGGGGCUACUUGAAAGAAAGUGCACCUGGAAACAUACGCGACUGGCUAAAGAAGCUGCCACGGAAGCAAAGAACAGAGAUGACGACACUUCAGGCAGAGACGCUUCUUUUGCUGUCGCGUCAACUGCGUCUCGCAGAUGCAGAGGAACUGUGGAAGGCUAGCGGGGAGCUAGUGCGCUCCGCAAUGGUUAUGGGUCUUCAUAUAAACACCCACACCUCUCCCGAUAUCACUCCUUUUCGGGCAGAAUGCCGAAAGCGACUUUGGAUCACUAUCGCUGAAAUGGACCUUCAGAUGUCUAUCUCCUCCGGGAUGCCAGUCAUGAUUCCGGAACUGGACUUUAAGGCUCUUGCCCGGCCAACCUUAACGACUUAG